CAAUCAUUACAAAAGUUUCGGUACCGCCAUUUCACACAGUUUUAAUGUUUACUAAAGCAAUAAAGGUUUAAACUUAAUAUUCCACUUUUUAUUUAAUACAUGAAAGAUGCAAGCUUUUUUAAAGACAGGGAAGCUGUCAGCAGCCGAUAAACCGUCAACGUCGGGCGCAAAACCUACAAAGAAGAAACCACCGGCACCAUGGGUUGAAAAAUAUCGACCUAAAACAAUUGACGACAUAGUUGAUCAAGGUGAAGUUGUACAAGUUUUAAGGGAAUGUUUGUCGGGUGGUGAUUUACCGCACUUAUUAUUCUAUGGCCCUCCCGGAACUGGUAAAACCAGUGCUAUUCUUGCAGCUGCAAGGCAGCUCUUUGGGGAUAUAACUCGCGACCGUGUGCUGGAAUUAAAUGCGUCAGAUGAACGUGGUAUACAAGUCAUCAGGGAUAAAGUCAAAUCUUUUGCUCAACUCACUGUCAGCAAUACAAAACCAGAUGGUAGACCAUGUCCUCCAUACAAGCUGGUUAUCCUGGAUGAGGCUGACUCAAUGACAACCGCAGCCCAGGCCGCACUACGUAGGACAAUGGAGAGGGAAACCCGCACAACACGGUUCUGUCUCAUCUGCAACUAUGUGUCGAGAAUUAUACCACCAAUUACUAGUAGAUGUUCCAAAUUUAGAUUCAAGCCACUUGCAAAAGAAAAUGUUAUUAAAAGGUUACAAGAAGUUUGUAGUGCAGAGGGUGUGGAUGUUGGUGAUGGUGAAGUGCUGCACCAGGCUGUGGACACUUGUGAUGGUGAUUUGCGGCGAGCUCUUACUGCCCUGCAGUGUUGCCAGCGUUUACUUGGCAAAGUUACCGCUGAUGGAUUAAUUGAGGUGACUGGUUUAGUUCCAGACAAUUUGGUCAAUGAAUAUUUAAGCAUCAAGAAUUACAAUGAGCUAGAGAUGUUUGUUAAGAAAUUCCUAAUGGAUGCAUACUCAGCGUCACAACUGCUGGAACAGUUGAGCGCGACAGUGGUCAGUGCUGGUCACUUGACCAACAAGCAGAAGUGCGUCAUCAGCGAGAAGCUGGCUGUCUGCUCACACCGCUUGCUGGACGGCGGCGCGGAGUUCAUGCAGCUUACCGACCUCGGAUGUACCAUCAUCAUGGCCAAUAACAAUCCCUGAUUGUUAUUUAAGAAUUUAUCUCCUUAUAAGUUUGAUUUCAUAAAUAAUAUAGUAAUCAAACAAU